AUGCUGGCAAGGGGGGUGGCUCCUGUGUGGGCCCUCAUCCUGAUGGCGCUCUCCGGUAUCCAAGCCUCAUCUCAUCCCAGGAAUUCUAGUCUACAUAAUCUCACCAAGAAGCUAUUCCAGAAAUACCACAAAGAAGUGAGACCAGUUCACAAUUGGAGUGAGACCACCACUGUGUACAUCGAUCUAUAUGUCCGUGCAGUAUUGGAUGUGGCUCCUUACAUUUCAUACAGUGUGGACACUGAAAGAUCGCCCGACCUACCUUAUGUGUAUGUGAACUCAUCGGGGACCAUUAAGAACUAUAAGCCUAUCCAGGUGGUGUCUGCCUGCAGUCUAGAGAUGUAUGCUUUCCCAUUCGAUAUCCAGAAUUGCAGCCUAACCCUCAAUAGCAUUCUUCACACAGUGGAAGAUGUCAACCUGGCCUUCCUGAGGAGCAGGGAAGACAUGAAGCAUGACAAAAAGGCGUUUCUGAAUGACGGCGAGUGGGAACUUCUCUCUGUGCCCUCCGAAUACCACACCCUGCGGAGCAGCUCGGGAGAUUUUGCCCAGAUUCAGUUUAACGUGGUGAUCCGCAGGCGCCCGCUGGUCUACGUGGUGAGCCUGCUGGUGCCCAGCAUCUUCCUAAUGCUUGUGGACUUGGGGAGCUUCUACCUGCCACCUAACUGCCAGGCCAGGAUUGUGUUCAAGACCACUCUGCUGGUGGGCUAUACUGUCUUCAGGGUCAACAUGUCUGAUGAGGUGCCAAAGAGUGCAGUGAGCACCCCUCUGAUUGAGGUCUUCUUCACCGUCUGCAUGGCCCUCUUGGUCCUCAGUUUAUCUAAGUCCAUCCUGCUGAUCAAAUUCCUGCAUGAUGAGUGGCACCGUGAGCCAGAGCGGCCCCUCCUGUGCCUUCGAGGGGAGCCGGAUGCUGACGGCACUCGCAUAGACCCCAGGGCUCAGCUGGCUGGGGCAACAGAGUUCCCCAUCUGCCAAGAGCACCAGAUUCAGUCAGGAAGCCUGAGAGAAAUCUGGUCUCAGCUGCGAUCGCUAAGUGACUAUCUCCAGGCUCAGGAGCAGGCUAACCAACGGGAAACGGAGUGGCUGGCGCUCCUCUACCGCGUUGACCGCCUGCUCUUUCGAAGUUACCUCUUCUUGCUGGGGCUCUAUGCCAUCACCCUGUGCUCCCUCUGGGCACUUUGGAGCAGCUUGUGA